GUUGCCAUUUCCAUCAUGACUUGGCCGUGGCUUUCCCCUUCAACACUUCACUCUCCUGUCGUCAUGAAGGAGGAAGGCUAGCCCAGUACUUGUAUGCAGGAUAGUGUGAAGUCUCUCUCUUUGUUGACAUACCCCUUCGCGCUUUCUCGUCCUUUGUCUGCCAGCAUAUUUCCCACAUUUCCAUUGUUCAAUCCCCUUCUCUGGGCCACCAUAUUCGACUGGCACCGUUUCCCCCUCCGGUCCUCCGAUAUCAACCUGAAUCACCAACCUUAAUCACCUUCCGCAUGCCAAUAGCUAUUUUGCCUUGGCUUGAACGUACUUCAAAACCUACCGUCAACCCCCAUACCUCGAAAUCUCACCAGAGGAUAGGAUCUUUACCGACUAGGACACCCUACCCUGACGGGACCGUCCGUUCCAAACCCGCAGUCGGACAAUGGAUGAAGACCUCGACGGCCAGCCUGCCUCUGCGCAGUCCAGAGAGGGCAUCACCCUGAACGCUUUCUUCGCAGCGUUGACCGUGUCCAUCGUUGUCUUCGUUGUCCAAAUCGCCGUGUUCCUCCUAUUGAGAAACAAGCUUGCCAGAAUCUUCAAACCGAAGACUUACCUUGCCCCUGAACGAGAGCGGUUUGACCCACCACCCGCCAGUCCGAUAGAGCUGCUCAAGACGCUCUAUUCCUUUACCGACCGUGAGAUCAUCAAAAGAUGUGGCCUGGAUGCAUACUUCUUUCUGCGAUACCUCAGGGCCCUGCUCAUCAUCUUUGUGCCCAUCGCCCUCGUUACGAUACCUAUUCUGAUUCCCCUCAACUACAUCGGAGGACGUGGCAACACUGUGCUGGAUACCGGUGAUACGAACAAUAGCACGGGCAACGACGACCAGGCGAGCUACUUGACCCCGACACCCACCGGCCUAGAUACGCUAGCCUUCGGCAACAUAACCGGAGCCAAUUCUCAGCGCUAUUGGGCCCAUCUGAUUCUGGCCCUUCUCGUCAUAGUUUGGGUCUGCCUUGUCAUAUUCUUCGAGCUCAGGGUCUACAUCAAGAUUCGCCAGGAUUACCUAACCAGCGCAGAGCAUCGACUUCGCGCUUCAGCGACUACUGUCCUAGUCAACAACGUCCCCGCCAAAUGGCUCACGCAGGAGGCUAUCCGGGGUCUCUUUGACGUAUUUCCCGGCGGCAUUCGUAACGUCUGGCUGAACCGCGACUUGAGCAGUCUGCUGGAAAAGAUCGAGCUACGCGAUGCCAUCCACAAACAGCUCGAGGCCGCAGAGACCCAGCUCGUCAGAGCGGCCAAGAAGCGGCAACUCAAGGAGAGGAAAAAGGACGAGAAAAAAGACCGGAGACUAUCCCGCCUCAAUGCGCCGACAAAGUCGGAGCUCGAGCAGAGGCGCAAGCGCGAGGACGAAGCCGCCAGGAGGAUGGCCGAAGCUGGCCAAGGAGUAAGCUCCGGAACGGACGACCAGGUACCUCGCAACGUCUCCGAGGUCGUGGACGACGCCCGCGCCGAGGAGCAGGAACAGCGGCGCCGCAGCAGAGCCAUGUCAAGUAGCAACUCCUCGGGCUCGCAGGGCAAAGGUUUUGGUUUAGGCACGCUGGGCGACGGCAUCAACAAGUUCGGGAAAGGCAUUCUUGGCGGCGUGGACAAGGCCGGCCAGGGCUUCCGCGCUUUGGGCCAGGGUGUCGAAAACGAGGUGGGAACAACCCACGGGUUCAUUAGGAUUGGCUCCUCGGGGACCGACGCGCCGACAACUGGACAGCCUCCUCACGCAUCGGGAUAUGACGGUCCAGCCACUUAUUCUUCGCCAAACGACGACGCCCACCCUAGCACCGUGGCUGCUUCUGCUGCCAACCAACCACAAAUGGCGGAUCUGGCCGGCGAAGACGUUGUUGGCUAUGAUGCUCGGAACGGCUCCGUCGACGACUCCAGGAGUUCCUCGCCGAUUGACCCCGCCAAGUUCGACACUGUUGCCAACGGCAACACCGUUCGCAGACUGGAUGAUAUAAGCCAGAUGUAUGACAACGAAAAGCGCAAGUGGUACCAGUUCUGGCGACCUCCUGCCGGUGGUUACGUUUCGCCGGUUCCUCAGAAGGUACAAUAUGGGGGCGACGAGUCCGUUCCUGAUAAUCGCCAUUCCGAGAAGACCUCCGGCCAGAAGAUCUUGUCGUUUAUCCCGUUUGUGCAUAGCGGGGGCGCCGUGGCACCCGUCGAGUACGGACCAGCAUCGUUCACCGGCGAGGAUUACCGGGAUGACACGGAGGGCGAAUCCGAGGCCGCAUGGCGCCAGUACAUCAAGCCCAAGGACCGCCCGAAGCACCGCGUUCCUCGUUGGGGGUUCCCGGGCUGGCUGGCUUGGCUCACUUUUGGCAAGAAGGUGGAUACGAUUUAUUGGUGCCGGACGGAACUCGCGCGCCUCAACCUCGAGAUUCGGACCGACCAGCAGAAUCCUGAGCGGUAUCCUCUCAUGUCAUCGGCCUUUAUACAAUUCAAUGAACAAAUCUCGGCUCAUCUCGCCUGUCAAAGCCUCAUACAUCACCUUCCAAAGCAGAUGGCUCCACGGAUCAACGAAAUAUCUCCCAAGGAUGUCAUUUGGAGCAACAUGGCCAUAUCUUGGUGGGACGAAUGGUUGCGGACAGCAGCGGUGGUGGCCCUGAUUGCGACUAUGGUCAUCUUCUGGUCUUUUCCCGUUGCGUGGACUGCAGCGAUCGCCAACAUUGACUCGCUGGCCGAGCUGCCUUUUCUUCAAUGGAUUAAGAGCAACGACACCGUUGAGCAGGUUUCUGGUGCGAUAGCCGGUGUCCUCCCGCCGGUGCUGCUUGCUCUUCUCCUCGUCAUUGUGCCUAUCAUUCUGGAUCUCCUUGCCGAUUUCAAGGGAGCCAAAACGGGCACACAGAAAUCGGAAUUCGUCCAGCGAUAUUUCUUCAUCUUCCUCUUCGUCCAGGUAUUCCUCGUCGUAUCCAUUGCGGCCUUCUUCGCGGCGUCGGUCGAUACGUUAUGGACCAAUUUCCAGGAACUAGGCAACAUCAACUACAUCUGGGAGGUAUUGGCCGAGAACCUGCCCAAGGCCGCCAACUACUUCUUCUCCUACAUGCUUCUCCAAGCCUUUUCUGCCAGCUCGGGUGCUCUCCUCCAGAUCGGUACACUCGUUGUAUGGUACGUGCUGGCCAAGAUCCUGGACGACACCGCCCGCAGCAAGUGGUCACGCAACGUUACGCUCAACAAGAUGGGAUGGGCCCACGUAUUCCCCGUCUACACGAAUUUCGCGUGUAUAGCGCUGAUCUACUCGGUCGUGGCGCCGCUCAUCUCCGUCUUCGCCAUCAUCACCUUCGGCCUCUUGUGGGUGUCUCAGAAGUACUGCCUGGUCUACGUCAUCCGGAACGGCCACGACACUGGAGGCAUCAUGUACCCGACUGCCCUCAACCAGACCUUCACCGGACUAUAUGUCAUGGAGCUGUGCCUGGCCGGCCUGUUCUUCAUAGUGGGUCGCGACGCCGCUGGGUCUCGGGGCUCACAGACGGCGGCAGCCACUUCGGGUAACCCGCAGGCCAUUAUCAUGCUCGUCGCCGUAGCCCUGACAGCACUCUACCAGGUUCUGCUGAACCGGUCGUUUUCGCCGCUUUUUCGGUACCUGCCGGUCACUGUCGAAGACGAAGCAGCACUCAGAGACCGGGCGUUUGAACAGGAGCAGCUCCGACGGUUCGGCAUGCUGGAGGAGAGCGAAGACGAAGAUGGGAACGACGAGAAGCCUCCUGCGCACAGCCUGGAUGGGUGCUUUGCAAACGACGACGAUAUUGAGCUCAAAGGCUUGCCGGCGGCGGGUAGGGGCAAGAAGUCCUUCUUCAAGCCGGUCAAGGAUGUCCGCGACCUUGCGAAGCGCGGGGGCAAGGGCAUCCGUAACAUGACUUGGAACAGGGUCGAGGGGAGGUCGGGCGUCAAGAAUGCGGCGGAGUAUCGUCGCCGCCAACGUGAAAAGGAUCUCGAAGCCCAGCGUGCGAUUGGAGAAGCACUGUAUGGGGGCAUCGCUGACGAGAUCGAGGACUUGAUGCCCGAGGAGAGGAACGCGCUUGUGCGGGACGCCUUCAAGCAUCGCGCACUGCGUGCGCGGGUGCCGGCUGUGUGGAUCCCCCGUGAUGACCUUGGGGUGAGCGACGACGAGGUCCGGCUGACUAUGGCCUACACGGAGAACAUUCAUAUCAGCAACGAGGGGACGGCUUUGGACAGCAAGGUACGGGUCGUGUACGGGCGCAACCCCCCGGAUUUCUCCGAGGUGGAUCUCAUCGAUCUUUAGAGGGUCUGAUGGGCGAAUCUAUGCAUACCAAGAGGGAUAAAUGAUAGAUGAUGAUGGAGGGAAUGUUUGUUCAACGCAGCCGGGGAUCGAGGAGUUUUGGGGACCUCUUUUUUUUCUUUUUUUCUUCUUUUUUUUCUUUCUUCGUUUGCUCACGCAUCACGGGUAGCAUGAACAAAUAGAUGUAGACCAUUUAACCUUAGACCAUUGAUCACAUCCAUAUCGUCGGAAGUGUCCAGAAACCUCGGCUUGUCCCAAUAG